AUGUUGGCGGGCCUUACGACUGGGAACACACCACCAUGGGCGGUGCUGCUUCCGGCCCCCAGCCUUGCAACUGCGGCGCCGGCCGUGUCCACGGCGGUCACAUCGGACGCAGAGCAGCAGGCGCGGCAGCAACAGCACCAGCCGCAGGAUCAACAGCAGGAUCAGCAGCAGCAGCAGGCUCAACAGCAGCAGGGCUGGUGGGGCCUGCCGCGACAGCAGGGCCAGGCCAAGCGUGCCCGCCCCUCGCCGCGGCAGGGCAACAAGCGGUGCAAAACGUCCCAGUUCCGCGGUGUCGCCUCCACCGAGAACGGCCUGUGGCGCUGCCGCAUCCGCUUUGGCAAGCAGACAGUGCACCUUGGCAGGUUCAACAACGAGCGCGACGCGGCGCUGGCAUACGACCGGGCAGCUUCCAUGCUGCUGGGUGACAGCGCGAAGCUGAACUUUGAGGCGCGGCCGCCGGAGGACGAUGAGGCGUGCGCAGCCGCUGCGACGGCCAUGGCAAUCUGCCAGGGGCAGCAGGCUGCGGCGUUCCCCGUGCUGCAGCAGCCCGUUGAGCAACAGUACCGUUUGACAUUGGAGACGCGGCUACAGGGCUCAACGCCGCACCGGCGGCGGCCGCAAGACCAGGUGCAGGAGCACGAGCAGGGCGGCGUCGGUGCCGAGCACGGCUUGCUGCUUGAGCAGGAGCAGGAGUGGGCGCAGCUUGGAGCGGCGCUGGGCGCGGCCGUCCUGGCGUUCACGCAGCCACCGCCAGAGGGCGACGCCCCCGCCGCGCACGUGGCCGCGGGUGCAGAGCAGGCGUGGGGUGCUGCAGGGCAGGAGCGGGAGCAUGAGCAGCAGAGGCAGCGGCAGCAGGAGCAAGAAUGGCAGGAUCUUCCGUCGGCUCACGAGGAAGGUGACCCACAAGACAUGCGGCGGCGCGGCCGCGUCAAUGGGGAGGAUGAGGAGGAGGAUGAGGUCGAGCAGCGGCAGCCGGCCCCGCCAAGCAAGCAGUCGGUGGUGCAGCAACGCUGGCAGCAGGAGCAGCAGGAGCAGGAGCAGGAGCGCCAGCAGCAGCAGCAGCAGUCGGUGCUGGCUCCGGCGCGGCGCGGCGGGUUCCUUCCACAACCCGCAGCAGGCGGUGUGGCAGCCCUGGCAUCGGGGAAUGCGCAGGCCAAUUAUCAGUGGCCCAACGGCGUCCUUGCUGGACAGGCAUGGCUGGGCGGCACGCCCCCACACCCGCACCUUCUGGCCGGGCGCCGCGAGCUGCCUGGGCUUGACCGGCGCCCAGAGUCGCAGGCCCUGAAUCACCACUCAGUCCGCGGCUCGCGCCGGGGCCGCGCGGAGGCCGCGAGCAGUUUGCAUGUGAGAGGCAGCAGCGGCGGCAGCGGCGGCAGCAGCAGCAGCGGCGGGAGAAGCGACGGCGGCGGCGGCAGCAGCGGCGACGGGGGCAGCGACGAGGAGGGCAGCUGGGACUUCAGCGCUGCAGCGGCAGCUCAGCAGUGCCGUGGCUCCGCGGAAUAUGCCGCGGCAAUCGAGCAGCUGGGGCAGCUGCUUGAGGCCGACCCGCAGCUGAUGCUCUGGUCACUAAUGCACGCAUCCAGAAAGGACGCGCCCCCGCGGCGCGCCAGCCGCCGCGCGCAGCGCAUGUGGUCGCUGCGCGCCGAGCAGCGCGCGGCGGCCGUCGCGGCGGUGUCCGCUUUGGUGGCGGCCAAUGCGCGGCACCGCGCGGUCCCGGGGAGGGGCAGCGACCGGGGCGGCGGCGGCAGCGGGGGCGGCAGCGCGGGCCGCCGGCGGCGGCGCAGCAAGCAGGCCAGCAAGCAGGGCGCGCAACUGGCGCUGCCGCUUGCCAUGUUUGAUGUGACGCUGUGCGUAACAGCAACGUGCCUGUACUUCAUGAGCUGA